UCCAAAACGAAAACGAUGCUGCAGAGACUCGAACCUUCGUCCUAUGCGCACUUGGUGGUGCUGUCGCUGGUGUCCUGCGGCACGUGCAUGUUGGUUUUUGCAGCGCCAGAUUUAUUUGACGAUAUCCACCGCGACUCGUCGACCAACCAUGCCACUUUUGUCGUGCGAGGAAUAACAGCCAUCUUGGUGGCUCAAUUGGUCGUGACGCCGCUGUGUGGAGCUCUGUCCGAUGUGUAUGGUCGCAAACGACUGUUCCUUGCGUCUUGCAUUGUGCAUACAUCCGUGAUGCUGGCGCUGACGUGCAUCCCAUCCAAGUAUGCGUUUCAAGGGUGCAUUCUCCUCUUCGCAACCUUGAACUCGAUGUUUGCCAUCGGGUAUUCCAUGGCAGGCGAUUGUAGUCCCAAAGCUCAACUGACGCCUUGCUUUGGACUCUUGGAUGCAGCGUUUGGAGUUGGUGUCACGACUGGAUUGGUCGUUGGUCGAUUUAUGUUUGCAUGGCACUCCAGCAUGCCAUUUGUAGCUGCAUCAAUCCUCAACCUCGUUGGCCUUUUCAUCACUCGCCGCUGUGUGCAUGAGACCCUCGAUGACUUUGAUCGCAAGCCGACCGCGUCGUUCACAACGGUCUGGCAAGACUCGUGGACCAUCUGGCGUCAUCAGCCAGCACUGCUUUCACUGAUGGUUGUCACAUGCUGCAUGCACAUGUGCGGCGCGGUUCACAUCGUCCUGUACUUUUACAUGAACUAUCGCUUUGGAUGGCAACUCCAGUCGCAGCUUGUCUUUUUCAGCUAUGAAGGGUUCACGAUGGUCUUUUGCUCGACCGUCGUUCUUAGAGCGCUGUGGCAGCGCCACUGGACGAAUCGCCGUCUCGUACUCAGCGGUCUAGUCGCUCAAGCCAUUGCUCUGACCGCCACUGCAUUCAUGACUGCUGGAUGGCAGCUGUACCCUCUCUUUGUCGUGGGAGGGCUCCAUUUUACGUCGUAUCCAGCGUUGAGGUCGAUCGCACACCAGGCUGUCGGUCGCCAUGAUUGUGGCUGCCUUCAUGGGCAACUAGCGUUCUUGACGAGUGCUUCAAUGAUUGCUGGCGAGCGUUUGGCCAAGCAUGUCGUUCGUUUGUCGAUUGCAAACGACAUGCAAUCCAAACAUCCACAUCCAUGCCCGAGGGGAUACCAUGGCGUACUCGAUGGCUAUGCAACUUGCGGUGGCAUGCCUGGACUAGUCUUUGCCUCUGCGUCGGCCGUGCUGAUGGGAGCAGUGGCUGUGGUGUAUCUCCUGGCGUGCCCCCCCACGACCCAACGAUACAAGAUCACACUAGGACCCCCACCUCCGCGAAGCAUUUGCAUCGAGGAAAGCACAGGAUAAGGUGGAAAUGUCGCAUAUACUUCUUAUGGUUCCAUCACGGCGUCAUUCAGAUGAACGGCCUCCUUGACGAGGUCAACCAGUUGAGUGUCCGUCAAUUGACCACCCCACGAUGGAGGAGGCAACGAAAUCUGCUGCAUCGCCUUCUUGAUCGCUUCUUUGUCGUUUUCGCUAAAGUUUACAGGGUUGACAGGAGGCGAUAAUGUCACGUUGGCACUGGAUGACUUUUCCUCAACACCAUCGGUGUCUUCCCACUCUUCUUCUCGCAAGGGUUCGUACUCAUAAUCUUGCUCGUCUUCGUCGUCAGAAUUCUCUCGCUCGCGCUCAAGGUCAUCGUCACACGUGGCGGCAUAGGAGCAAAUCGAUUGCAAGUCGUCAAACUCCAUCACAGCAUCGUCGACAUCAUUGCCAUCCGUCGAAGGUUUUGGUCGAGCAGGAAUAAAAUCCAAAUUGACGGAGGAAAUGGGUUUCUGGCGCACCACUGCUUCGUACUCGCGCUCGAGCGCGUCUAAUGCGGCCGACCCAGACAUCCGACGUGAUGCGCUUGGGGGAAGUUGCUCAAUCUAAUGUCUGACGAAAUCU